AUGCAGCUUCGGUCUGGGGCCCAGUUAGGCGGUGAACAGUUCGAUGAGGAGCUACCAGCCACCACCGCCACAUCUGCCAUCAGCAAGGCGGAGGAGAGUGACAAGCAUGGCUCAAAGGCGGAAGAGGAGACUGAACAUGCAUCCACUCACGCACAAGGAGUGCCAGACUACGUGACUGUUGGAGUAGGAGAGGCCAACAAGAAAAAGAAAAGGAAAGCAAAGAAAGCAAAGAAAAACAAACAGGAAGCAAAAGUUGAGCUCGAAAACAACAACGCGCCUCAGCCCUCUGCUCUAGUCCCAGUCCCCACCAAUCACCAGGGGUACAAUCUUAGAAAGAGCACCAGUAAAGUCGACCUCGACGCAGUUUCUAAACUAGAGACCAGCCAGUGUGACGAGGAAAGCAAGGACAAAGACUCGAAGACUUCUAUCAACCAAACAAAAGCAGCACAGGUGCCCAACAUGUCGCGCAAUCGUCCUCGUGGACCUCCUACUAACCGGGACAAUGGCAUUGCCGCAAAUGAGGAAAUUGAUAUGUGGAACAAGAUCAUUCAGGACAUUCGCAAAGCUAAAGAAAAGAACGACAAGCAGAAGGUGAUUGCUGAGCAGAUCGCUGCACUCAACGAGAAGAUUGCUCGCGAGGGCAACAAACCAUUACUUGCUGAAAUCAACCAGCUCGACAGCUGGUACCGCCAAGUCCUCAAGCUAAGCGAAGAGGAAAAGGCCAUUCUUCUAGAAGAGCCUAGUGAUGUGAUCAAGAAUCUGGGUCUGCUGACUGCUCUCCGCUCCGCAUCGGAAGCAGAGACUACCAUUAGUCGAGCAGCUUCAUUGCCCAAGUCUAGUAAGCAAAGCAUUGCGCGAGAUGGCACUGCUAGCCAUGCAUCUAAUUCAGCUUUGUUGUCAGACAAACUCAGCCGUGUCAAGGGGAGUGCUCAGCGUAGCUCCAGCGUGUCGAGUUCUGGUCAUGCUAAGGAUGGUCGUGACUCGGUUUCUGUCAAGUUGGAAGAGGGCGUUGAGGCGGCCAAGGGAGCCGUUGCGGAACGCAGCGGUCAAUUUUUUAUCGGAGCCGAGGUGGUUUUUAAACAUAGCAAGAAUAGACAGGGCGUCGAAGGCGAGGGUAUCCAGUGCAUCAUCAAGGGCAUCUCGGGAGAGGGUUACAAGAAGCGAUACGACGUCCAAGACCCCGAGCCCAAUGAAAAUGGUGAACAAGGAGCCGUCUAUAAAACAACAGCCGCAUCUCUGAUUCCCAUUCCCCAGAUAGGCUCUGCUUUGCCGUCUUUCCCCGUUGGAAAACAAGUCCUUGCGCGUUACCCAGAUACCACCACUUUUUACCGUGCUGAAGUGAUGGGCUCGAAGAAGGAUGUGUACCGUCUCAAGUUCGAAGGCGAGGAAGACGACAAGGAGAUGGAGGUGGAUCGACGAUUCGUUCUUGACAUUCCUUCCAAGUAG